GCACGGGGCGGGCUCCGCGGCCACGUGACCCGCGGCCGGGCCGGGACGCGCAGGGAGCAGCGUCGGGGGCCGCGGGCAUGCAGCGGAGGUGGGUCUUCGUGCUGCUCGACGUGCUGUGCUUGCUGGUCGCGUCCCUGCCCUUCGCUGUCCUGUCGCUGGUGAACGCCCCAUAUAAGCAAGGAUUUUACUGCGGGGAUGACUCCGUCCGGUACCCCUACCAUCCAGACACCAUCACCCAUGGGCUCAUGGCCGGGGUCACCAUCACAGCCACCAUCAUCCUUGUCUCGGCGGGAGAAGCCUACCUGGUGCACGCCGACUGACUCUAUUCCCGCUCCAACUUCAACAACUAUGUGGCUGCCGUGUACAAGGUGCUGGGGACCUUCCUGUUCGGGGCAGCCAUGAGCCAGUUUCUGACUGACCUGGCCAAGUACACGAUCGGCUGCUUGCGCCCCAACUUCCUGGCCAUCUGUGACCCCGAGUGGAGCCGGGUCAACUGCUCGGUCUACGUGCAGCUGGACAGGGUGUGCAGGGGAAGCGCUGCUGACGUCACCAGGGCCAGGUUGUCUUUCUACUCGGGACACGCCUCCUUUGGGAUAUACUGCAUGGUGUUCCUGGCACUCUACGUGCAGGCGCGGCUCUGCUGGAAGUGGGCGCGGCUGCUGCGGCCCACGGUCCAGUUCUUCCUGGUGGUCUUUGCCCUCUAUGUGGGCUACACCCACGUGUCUGAUCACAAACACCACUGGAGCGACGUCGUUGCUGGCCUCCUGCAGGGGAGGCUGGUGGCUGGCCUCACUGUCUGCUACAUCUCAGACUUCUUCAAAGCCUGACCCCCACAGCACUGCUCGAAGGAGGAGGAGCUGGAAUGGAAGCCCAGCCUGUCACUGACAGUGACCCUGGGCGAGGCUGACCACAACCACUAUGGGUACCUGCACUCCUCCUCCUGA